AUGGCUCCGCCGGCCGCGAUCGAGACUUUCCCUGAAACGGACACGACGAGUUUCACUGUUCCUGAUCGGUUGACCAUUCAGCAUGUUGCUAAGCGUAGGGCUGCGUCCGGCAAACUGGUUGCUGGUGUGGCUGCUGUUGCAGACAUCGACGCCUUCAAGGGUCGGACGCAGCACCUGCAUAAGGGCAAGGCGAAGCGGUGGGAUCAUCGGUUGAGCACAGAGGCCAGGACCAGGAAAGGCAACUCGUUGAAGAACGCUGCAGCGUAUCUGAAGACGCCAGGUUUGAUCUCUUUGGGCGGAGGGCUGCCGUCAGCCGAGUACUUUCCGUUCGAGGAGCUCAGUAUCAAGGUCCCAGACAAUGGCCGGUAUUCAGAAGAAGACGUCCGCAAGCGUGGGAAGGUCCUGACAGCAGGCAAGCAUGAUCAGGCGGAUGGCAAGUCACACUUCGACAUUGCCACAUCCUUUCAAUACGGUCAGGGUCAUGGAGCUGCCCAAUUCCUGCGCUGGCUCAUCGAGCACACGGAGAUUGUACACGACCCUCCAUACCAGGACUGGAGCUGCACGAUGUCGAUCGGGUCAACUUCUGCCACAGACAUGGCAUUCCGAAUGUUCUGCAAGCCUGGUGACUGGGUCCUGACUGAGCAAUUCACCUUUCCAACGAUGAUCGAAACCGUGCGGCCCAUGGGCGUCCGGGUCGCUGGCGUGCCAAUGGAUGAGUAUGGCUUGUGCCCAAGGCAACUAGACGAUCUGCUUUCCAACUGGGACGAGAAAGAGCGGGCAGGUCCCAAGCCGUUCCUGAUGUACAUCGUCCCAACCGGCCAGAACCCAACUGGUGCCACACAGUCUGCGCAGCGCCGGAGAGAAGUGUAUGCGGUCGCUCAGAAGCACGAUCUUUACAUCCUGGAAGACGAGCCAUAUUACUUCCUCCAGAUGCAGCCUUACACUGGACCCAACGCACCUGACGUUCCACCCCCUGCGUCCCACGAAGAGUUCAUCAAAAGUCUCGUGCCCUCAUUCCUUUCCAUGGACGUCGACGGCCGAGUGAUGCGCUUCGAUUCCUUCUCCAAAGUCAUAGCACCAGGCAGUCGAGUCGGCUGGAUCACCGCUUCCGAGCAGAUCUGCGAGCGCUACCGCAACCAUUCCGACACCUCCACACAAGGUCCGAGCGGGAUAAGUCAGCUUGUCCUCUUUAAGCUGCUUGAGGAGCACUGGGGCCAUGCCGGGUACCUUGACUGGCUGAUCCACAUGCGGAUGGAGUACACCGCCCGUCGCAACACCAUUCUAGACGCUUGUGAGCGGUACCUGCCCAAAGACAUCGUCAGCUGGGUUCCACCCAUGGCGGGCAUGUUUCACUGGCUGGAGAUUGACUACACGAAACAUCCUCGGUAUCCAGAUAUGUCUAUGGACGACAUUGAGGAUGAGCUGUUCCUGAAGAACGUCGAUCAUGGGACACUGCUGAUGAAGGGCUCGUGGUUCUGCGCAGAGGCGGAUACCGAGAAGAGCAAGAUGUUCUUCCGCGCGACCUAUGCUGCUGCGCGAUUCGACCAGAUCGAGGAGGCGAUUAGGAGGUUCGGUGCGGCGGUGAGGGAGUCAUUUGGUCUUGAAGCGUACACUAAUGGAACGCAUUGA